AUGAUACAAAUAGUCCGGACCUUUUUGAUCCUUUUCAGUUGCCGUCCUCUCUUGUCGGGAUCGCUCAAAAUGGCGUCUCCCUCACGGGAAAACGAUGUGGUACUAAGCGAUUUGCCCGCCGCUGUCCGUUUGCUGAACAACCUCACUGAGCAGGUGGCUGCAGUGACAAAUCACGUCCAGGGUUUGCUAAACAGAGUUAAAGAUGGAGUGUACCCUACCAACAAGGGGUUGUCUUUUCUGGACCUGCGCUACCAGCUACUGCUCUUCUACCUGCAAGACGUGACUCAUCUUGUGAAUGUGAAGACGGAGGGAGGCAGCGUAAGGGAGAGUGCUGCCCUCCACAGGCUGGUCACCGUCAGGACAGUUCUUGAGAAGAUGCGUCCUUUGGACCAGAAGCUAAGGUACCAGGUGGACAAGCUGGUCCGUACAGCACUGACUGGGAGUUUAGCUGAAAAUGAUCCUCUUCAUUUUCGUCCUAAUCCUGAGAAUCUCAUCAGCAAACUCAGUGAGUCAGAAUCUGAGGAAGAGGGAGCAGAGGGUUCUGAAAAAAGAGAGCCCUCUGGUGGCAACAAAAAGUAUGUGCCACCCAGAAUUGCCCCGAUGCAUUAUGAGGGAGACAUGACAGAGGAUGACCGGCAGAAGGAGAAGGAGGAGAAGCGGCGGCGUGCUGCCCUGCACAGCUCUGUGAUCCAGGAGCUCCGACAGCAAUACAGUGACGCUCCCGAAGAGAUUGGGGAUCGCCGGGACUUUCAGACGGAGCGGCAAAGCCGCGAGGAACUGCACAGGAAGGAGUAUGAGGAGUCCAUGAUGGUGCGUCUGGCCGUGACCCGGAGGGAGAGGAAGGCGCGGAAGAGGGGGAUAAUAGGAAUGUCCUCUCAGCUCAGCAGCAUCACCCGAUUCAGUGACAUCACUGCCCUGACGGGUGAGGAAGGACAGGCACCGGACUCUUCUCGCCCCAAGAAAAAGAAGAAAAUAAUGAAGAAAACAACAAAAAAGAGAGCUUUCAGACGGCACCGAUAGACUGCCAGGUGGGGGCCAGGCCCACUAUGCACAGCCCAGCAGGGGGAAUUAAAAUGAAGAGGGAUGAUUUUUUAAAAGAAAAUAAACGUUUUUCUUUUGAUGAAAA